AUGGAAGUGAGAGGCCCAGUGAUAUGGAUGUUGUUAAUGUGUUGCAUCUUUGGUAACAUAAUUGGAAGUCAUAACAAUGAUUUUGUGGAAGCCAAGAGCUUUUCUAAAUCUAAAGAUUUAGAAAUCGAGAAGAGACUAAAGACUAUCAACAAACCCGCAGUCAAAGUCAUCAAGACCAUAGAUGGAGAAAUAUACGGAUGUGUGGAUUUCUUCAAGCAACCAGCAUUUGAUCAUACUUCUAUGAAGAAUCACACAUACCAUUACAAGAUGCUUUCAAUCUGGAAAGGAAUGAGAGAAAGAGAGACAAACAAUACCGCUUUUGGUUAUUUAUGGGAGAAUGGUGUGGGUGUCCCAUUGAAGAACAUAGGAAAGAGGUUCAAUGGAGUAUCGAUGGAAGUUUGUGUAACCGCUCCAAAGGUUAAGCCAGCCCAAUGGAGUUCUUCAAGACUUCACUUUCAGAUUGGAAAUGGUUUCCUUCAAGUUGGUUUCCUUCAAGUUGGUUUGACGUCAGGUGGAAGAUCAUGUUUCAAUAACUACUGUGACGCUGGAAUGAUAGUCAUUCGUCAUGACUAUCCACUUGGUAUGGCGCUGCCAGCGUCUAUUCGUGGUGCUGAGACAAGUAACUAUGCAAAGUUCAAUGUAUACAAGGUUUUCCUCUUUCUUAAUACUAGUCACUGA